GCGGGGCGCCGCCUCCCAGCAGCACCCGCCGCAGCUGGGCCUCGCCCCCGCGCUGCUGGCGGCGCCAGGCGCGGCGCCCGCCGCCUUGCCGGCGCACCAGUGCGAGGCGGACUGCAACGGCCACGGCGCCUGCACGGUGGUGGACGGAGCGCUGGCGUGCAGGUGCCACGAAGGGUGGGUCGGCAUGCUGUGCGACAUGCGGCGCUGCCCCCACGACUGCCACGGCCAGGGCGUGUGCGUCGGAGGCACCUGCGUGUGCUCCCAG